GUCCCUUUCUGUUAAUCCAGCUGGGUAGUGCCUCUGUCCAUUGCUGUACUUUUGCAAUCUGAUGAAUCCCCAGCAGAUGACAGGACGCAUCACAUUUUAAAGCAGCAACUUUUACACUUUUUUGGGGGUAUUUUACACACAACCAGUGGGAGUUUUCACAUCAGAGCCUCUCGUACCAGAGGUGGUACUCAGCUCCACGGGACUCUGCUGAGCCGAACAAUGAAGUCCCGUCCAGCCACUGUGAGUGUGCUGCUGCCCAUCGCCCUCCUCCACAGCUUCAUCCCUGUGUGUUUCGGAGCUGCGAUUCCCGUUUCGUGUGGUUCCAUUUACAAGCGUUUUGCUCAGUGUUUACUCACACUCGGGGACAGUUUGGUGGAAACACAGAAAGACCAGAGCACACAGGACAUCGAUGCAAUCUGCAGGUCCUGGAACGCGUUUCACGUUUGUGCCAACUCGGCUCUGGCCGGCUGUCCUGGAGAAGCAGCAGCUGUCUGGGAGUCUCUGAGACAAGAGUCCAGGAAGACACAGUUUUCUGGAAACCUCUACGCCAUGUGCGCCAGUCGCACCACCGUCCCACCCAGCACCGUGCCUGCACCCCAGAGCCCCCCCACCUCAGACCAAACCAACCAGGAGACUCUGAAAGGACAAACAGACCGCCACAGCCCCACCCUCAUCACGCUGCUGUUCCCUGUCUGCAGCAUGCUACUGCUUCUGCUCCGGAGUUAGUUGACCCAUAUUAGUUGGUAAUUAAUCAGAGUGAUGCCAGAUAGAGUCCUGCUCCCCUACAAUCCAAACACACUCUGUACAAGUCAGACUCAUCAUGAUCGCAUGUUGAUCCUAAAACAAGGAUCUCAAUAACUGUGUCAUUAUGACACAUUUGUUUAGGUUUCUUACGUGGACAAGGUGGUGCACAUGUAUAGGCAUUAACUAAAUAUGCUCAGAUUACCGCAUGCCUUGAUCUUGCUUUCAUUCUGAUGUGAAUAUUUAAAGUCAAGCAUACUGGUAGCUGCUCAUCUGUGUCCCUUAAGAUCAGAGGAUUGUGUAACAACUACAAGUGUUUAACUGACUGUGAUUAAAUUCACUUUUUAUAAGUAAGUGAGAGUGACAGCAACAAUGCAGGGGAAAAUGCAAAAUCUCUUUUACUUAUUGAGGUUAUUCAGCUGAAAAAAACCUGAGUUAUAAACAAAUGUAUGUCAUAAACACUUUUAUUUAUUUAUUUUACCACUGCUGCAGUUCAUCGGUAAUACCAUAUGAUAUUAGGACAAAGGAGAUUUUCAGGGAUGUUGCAGUGCCAGGUGUUCAGAUCUGCCUCUGAUCCAAUCAGGUGUGAUCCAGAGGACAGAAUUAUUACUGGGUGCAAAGCAGUAGAUUUUUUUCUGCAGUGGGUUUAAUUCAUCACCUCGUUUGACCGAUUUAACGAAAAUCAGAUUCAUGUGUGGAAGCACUCUCUGAUGCGUUGCUAAAUGUUAUCACUUGUUUAAUACUGAGCCAUUUCACACAGUUUUUCCAGCUUUUAAGAAGUAGUUUUUUUGUAUUUUAAAUGAGAUAGUUUAACUAAAUCAACUUAACAUUUUGAUUUGUCCCCCAUGGGGCAAUUCAAAUGGAUACAUAGCUAGGGGUAAUCUGUUAGCCGAGUGGUUAGGGUGAACACCACAAGGGCGCAAAUGCCUUCAGUCCCUGGUUUGAUGCCUGGCUGACCUGGAACUUUACUGCGUGUCAAUCUCUUUCUUCCUUUCUCCCAAAUUUCCUGUCUCUCUCCACUGUCACUGUUUAAUAAAUGCCAAAAAUAUCUUUAAGAGAAGUGGGCAUAACUGAGCUUGGGCAUCUCAAUAAAACCCAUGACACAGUAAUGCAACAAAUACGUACUGAGCGCAAAAAAGAGCAACGAAGUACAAGCGUAUGUGUGAGUCAGCAGUGGGAAGAGGAUGUGGGACGUUUUCCAAGUGUUUCCCAAGUUUCAUCCUUGUAAAUUAAUGUUAUUUAAUGUUGUACAGCUUUUCUUUGAUACUGAUCGAGCUCUGUUAUCACACAUGCUUCAUUUCAUUCACUGGUGUUCACGUUACCAGUAUGUUCACUGUAUUAUUUUGUAGUUUUGCAUUAUUUCAAUGUGUUCUCAGCAUUAUAGAAUGGCACAUGCCACUUUGUUUCAUUCUGGUUUUUACCCAACAAAAAAAAUUAAUUAAAUAUAUAUUAACAAGCAUAAUGCUUAGUCAUUUUAAGAGUCUUUGCAACUCCUUGACAUGAUCUGUUUUUGUGUCAGAUAUUGUGUGUGUGUGUGUGUGUGUGUGUGUGUGUGUGUGUGUGUGUGUGUGUGUGUGUGUGUGUGUGUGUGUGUGUGUGUGUGAUCUUAAUACUCUUAAGCUGUUUCAUAACAGCAGAUUCACGAGUGGAUUAAUCUGUCUUUAUUCGCCCACGGUGGAGCAGGUUGCACCUCAAAACAACCUUAGUGUCGUCAAAGUGCUACGAGUGAAGCACAACAUGUUGUUGUGUCAGCAUAGUCAUGAAGUGAGCAGGUGUGACAGCUGAGGGUCAAAGGUGAAAAGAUGUAUUUAUUAAGUUACUGUACUUGUCAGUGAAAUGUCAGGAGGACAUGCUUUAUGUUCUCCUUUUUAAAGAUUCAUGUGUUGGACUGAUUAAAUUCCAGGUCACCUCAUGUUCACAGGUUUCAUGGCUAAUUUGAAUAAUGUUUCUUCAUAGCUUUGGGUGUGAACGACUGAUUCCAGCUGCUAUUUUAUUUACGAGAUGGUGGUAUUUGAUUAGUCUGAAAUCAAUCACAGUGCACGUGAAGAAGUAUCUGACUUUGCCUGCUCAUAUGUGUUUAAAGGACAGAUUAAAACCCUGAUUGGGACAUGACAUUUGAUUUUCUAUACAGAAGUCUUUUUGCACAAAUCAUUUCAGGUGACCAUGAGCAAAGAGGGAGGGAUGCAAAGCUGUUGGACCUGACUGAUGAUCAGAAUUUGGUUCAUUUUUAACAAUCUGAAAACAUAACAGAGGUGUUGCUGUAGUUUCAGUCAGAAUCUAAAGGCAGUGUGUUUGUGUAAGAGUACAGAACAGAUAGAACAACUGUCUACCUGUAUAUAAAGAUUAAACCAACUAAAGACAACUAAAAAGUGAAGAAAAGUAAGUGACUCCAAGUUUGUGAACUUUUUUUGAGAUAUUUAAACAUUAGCAAAUGGAGCAAAAUUGCAAUUGUGGUCAAAUAAUUUUGAAAAGAAUGAAAGAAAAGAUUCUUCAGUCAAGUAGAUAUAAUUGAAAACUGCCCACUGUGUGUAAUUUACAUCUUCUUUUUGUCUCUUAAGUGGCAUUUUGUAAAAUAAUGCCAUGAUGAACAACUGAUGCACUUUAGUAUCUACCUUAAAAAUAGGAUAAAGGUGUUUUCUUUACUAUCGAAAAGGAAUCCUGACAUAUUUGUUAAAACAGUACAUGACUGGAGGAUCAACGACAGAAUCUCUGAACUGUCCCAGAACACCUUGAGGUUCCUGCUCGCUUUAAUCUCUCUUUGUCCUGCAUUCACUGGAGAAAAUCUGCAAAGACUUCAUCAUGAAGUCUUUCUAAGGAGCCCUGCAGCCCUCAUUCUGUUCACAACUGUUAAAAUGUUAAGAUAUAACAAGUGUUCUUUUCUUUUUUAUGCCUAACUGAGAUCUAUCAUCACCUCUGAAGUCAGUGAUGUAGAACAACAUUUAUGGGACGCUCUCUGCUCUGUAGCAGAUGGUGUGUGCCAUGAAACAUUGUGGGGAUUAUGUAUUCCAUGUGUAGGACAUUACUACCCAAUCCAUACUGCAAGGAUUUUACUUCACCAUGACGUAUAUGCUACAGACCUGUAAGCUGCAGAACAACUCUUCAUGUAUGAUUCUGUGAGCAAUACAUUAAACAAAUAUGAAAUCAAUAGUCUAAUCCAAUGCCUGUUGACUAUGUCCCACUGAAGGUGUUUUUCUGGGAAUCUUUAAUGAUCUGAACUCUGAGGUCUGCUGUACAGAUUGUAAACCUAAUUUAUGUUUAGUGACCACAAAUCCAUUGCACUAAGGCUUGUUUUUUUUUUUUUUUUUUUUAAAUACAUGAUAUUCUGACUUCUUCCCUGCA